UUCAAGUGUUUCUAACCUCACAAUUGCGGCAAGUGCAACGCACAACCUCACAGGUGAAAUUUAAUGAUUAUUAAGUUAAAAAGCGAUAACAACUUGUAGAAACAAAAGAAUUUAGUUGCAUUUAAUGUUAUCUAUGGUAAAUCAUGUCGAUAUUUGCCAAGAUUUUGUUAAAACCGCAGUUUAUGUUCAUAACCUGUUGUAAUACUCUAAGAUUCAAUGUAAAAUCAUCGCUCGUGCGGAAUUUACACGCAAAAACAGCGAUUCAAGAGAAUAUCUCUGCGUUGCAACUGAAAAAACGUCCGCUACGCAAGAAACGCGCGCUGGAAGAAGAACAAACGGCGUUAAAGCCAGGCACAUACAAUGUUUUGGCUUAUUCAACAGCAGAGGAGUAUGAUCUGGAAGCUUUGAUAGAAGGACUCAAAGUUGAAGGAUUGUAUGAGCCUAAAAACAUUGAUAAUCACACGGAUUGUGUGCAUGCAGUCGCCAAAUACAAAGUGGAGACAGAACCAAGAGAGAUUUUCUUCUUCAGAGAAGGCAGUCUUGUAAUGUGGAACAUGACAGACCUGGAGAGUCAUAAUUUGCUUGCUUUUAUUAAUAAAUACGAGCAGGAUCGGUAUGCGGCUGUGAUGGUACACAGAGAAGCGGAAUACAUGAAUUAUACACAUCAUCAGGUUGAAAAUAAACUUUCGACGCUAGAUGGUAGCUGUGAUAUUGUGCUGUCAAAAGACGAUCCGAAGCGGAUGAUACUCGAUAAGUAUACGUUUUCCAACGCGAUGGCUUUAUCUGUAAAGCUUGGCAUUUGGGAAGCCAGUCUGGAGAGAUACGUGGAUAGUAUUGAAGGUGUAACAGAAGAUUUGAAGUUAGGAAGAAAGUUGCAGAUGUCGCGCGAGGAGGUCCUGCGGAAACAUGGUGAAUUAUUUGCGUUGCGUCACGUGAUCAAUUUGAGCAGUGAUUUGCUCGACGUGCCUGAUUUUUAUUGGGAAAGAGAACAUCUUGAGCAGUUGUAUCAACAGAUGUGUAAUUAUUUCAGCAUCACACGACGUACACGCGUCUUAAACGAGAAGAUCAACCAUUGCGUCGAGUUGAUUGAGCUGGUGAGUUCGCAUUUGAGUGACAAGCAUCACAUUCGCCUGGAGUGGAUGAUCAUCGUGCUGAUUAUGGUGGAAGUCGGCUUCGAGAUGAUACACUACGCCGACCGCUACCUUGCCUAAUAGAAUAUAAAGUAAGUUCUGUUCAUGUUUUUUAUUGAAAGAAAAGAAAAACGAUAACAAACAA